CGUUGAAACAAGAGCCCUUUACUUUGACAGCUCCUUUUGUAAUUGCCGCGGGACCUGCCCACACCAGCUGUGUGUCAAGUGCGUUACACCUUUGAAUGGCAGCUCGCUCGGCCAAUUAGAGGCGGCGGAAUGAGUGAGUGGGUGGGUGGUUAGCGAGUUUCCCUUUUCGAGUGGCGGCUCGCUCGACCAAUUAGACGCAGCGGGGCGGGUUGUGAGCGAGUUUCCCUUUUGAAAGGCGGCUCGCUCGACCAAUUAGAGGCAGCGGAGGUACCAGUAUGGCUGACCAGGAGGCCUGGCGGCCCCCACGAGCCUGUGACGAUUACUGGUCCGAAUGGAAACAGUGCAAGAGCAUUCUGAACCUUUUCCACCAUUACUACACAUACGGGGAGACACCUUCCUGUGCACAGUGGAAAAGAGACUACCAGAAUUGCAGAGCGUGGGAGAAAACCAAAAGCACGGUGGCAAAGGAUGCCCUAUGUAACAGCGAAAGGGAGCGGAUUGCAGAGAAGCAGAAGCAUGCUCCAGUGUGGACCCUGAGAAAAAGCCCUCCGGCGGAUUGGUAUUUGCCCCUUGAUGAAGACAAGCCAAAGUGACAGAGCCCAGAUUUGAGACGGAUGUGAUGUCUCUUCAAAGGUAUCCCAAAACUGUACUGUACGGGACAAUUCCUGGACAUAAAUCCAUGCUCCUGUAAAUCAUAUACCUCAUUUUAGUUUGGGCCUGUACUUACAAUAGACCUGUUCCUGAUCUUUGUGUGUGGUGUUGUGUUAAUAUAGUUGGACGUGAGAUUUGUCACAGCAUUUUUAUUGUUUACAAGGCUUUGCAGACAGUCUUAAACCCCACUUUGCCUUGUUUCCUUGGUCAGAAAAUGGUUCUAAAAAUCAUUUUUAUCCAUAGUUGAGCCAUAGCCAGAUGAAUAUCUGAAAAGAGCUCAGAGGGUUUCUAUAGAUAUUGCAAUGUGCAGUUGUUUUGUGUGUUGAAAUCGCACAGUUGUUCAUUUGAUUCUGGGUUGAUGAAGUUGACACAGACAAAUCAAAGUGUAUCCUGAGGAAAAUAUGGGCACGGUAUUGUGAACAAACACAGUACUCCUGAGAGAUCUAACCCAGUGAUUCCUAAACUUUGGUCCUUUCAGGGUUUUGGACCUCAGCUCCCAGAAGUCCUGACUGUUGGCUAAGGCAGUUAGAGCUUCUGGGAAUUGAAGUCCAUAUCUGGAAGACUAAAGUUUGGGAACCACUGAUCAAAGUUCUGCUUAAAGAAAUGUCCACAGCAAAGUGAUAAGAACAUUUUUGAAGACUCUCUCUCUCUCUCUCUCUCCAAAAAGCAGGAAGAGCAUAAAGCAACCCACCACUUCAAAAUGAGCACUCACAUUUCUAGAAAAUACCAUUUUCAAAUUGUUUAGAAGGCUUCUCAGUCUGUAGGGGGGAAAAUCUGUAUUAGAGACAAGGUGGCAAACAAAGAAUUGAAUGUACUGUAUUUGAUCGAACGCAUAACAAAACAAAAACAGUAUGAUUUUAACUCACUUCUGACAAAUAAACAUAUGUAUUUCUUCCCAA